GUUUGAGUACGAAUUAAAAUGUUAGUUUGGUUGGUGUCUGGUGGAUUUUACUUUGAUGAACACAGUCCAAAGAUCAUCAAUAUUUUGACAGAUCAUUGUUUACAUUUCAUCAAAACAUAAACAAAAGAAAUCAUGGAUCAAAAGACGUUUGUCCCUUCGGGCAACUUAAGCUCAUUUGAGAUUAUUCAUUUGUUAAAUAAAAAACGGAAGGAAACAAUAACAAUUCCACCGAUCACAUUUGCUCCAAAUCCGACCCCAGGCACACUCGUACCUGCUCUGAAACCAAGAGUUGAGCUAGGAUUGACUAUAACAUACAUUUCAUUGUAUGGUGUCCUGUUUUCCAUGGUAUAUUUACAGUUAUGGAUGAUCUGGUAUUACAGACAUAAACGAUUUAGUUAUCAAACUGUGUUCUUGUUUUUAGCACUGAUUUGGAGUGGACUACGUGUGUCUCUGUUCUCAUUUUACUUCAAUGACUGUGCAAGAGUGAAUUUUUUCCCACUGUUCUUAUACUGGUUGAUGUUUUGCUUUCCAGUAUGCCUGCAGUUUGUGAUUCUAUGUUUACUGGUUUUAUUUUUUGUGCAGGU